AUGGACUCUCUCCCCGUGGAGCUUGUAAGGCUCAUUUUCCAGUUUUGCGACCCAGAUGCCGUCAAGGCUCUUCGCGAGUGCUCCGCCAAACUAGCGGAGCUUGGCUACGAAUACCUUGUGCCCCCCGUCUUCCGCUCUUUCUCGUGGCGGGAUGAUGCCAGACGCCUCCAUGCCAUUUCAGGCCACGACCGGCUCCGAGGGGCCAUCCGAGACGUCUUGAUUGACUUUUCUCAUCCUUUCGAAAUUAGCGACUGCCAUGCUUCCUUCCUUCAAGCUGCAGGCCACGGCGAACUCGAUAAUAGCUUGCAGAGUGCGUGGGAACGAUACCGGCAGAUUGAGCAUCUCCGAAAGAAUGUACCCCCUUUCGACAUGCAAGCGGAUCUUCUGAGCGAGGCCUUCUCGAGGCUGCCCAACCUCGAUAAUGUAAAAGUCACUUUCAAUAAAACCACACCAGAUGCUGAACUCCUGAGCCGCACUUUGGGACUUCCCGUCAACCGCAAGCUGGACCGCAAACAGGCUUGCUCGAACCUCAAUGCAGUGAUAUCUGCCGCCUCCCGGGCUCAUAUAUCGUCUCUCGAGAUCGACAGACUACCUAUGGAGCUCUUCAAGGUUCCUCAACACCGUCAACAUUGGUUCAGAAACUCCCCCGCAGUUCUUGCCAAUCUCACCCGCCUCGAUGUCAUAGUCGAUCCUUCCGAGGUGAUGUUGCCUUCUGCCAAGUUUCGCGCCAUCAACGGCUUCGGACACUUUUUGCAAUUUGCGACCAAUCUGGAGCAACUCAGCCUGGGAUUUCACAACUUCGCCAGCCCCCACCACAAGUUUGCCAUCUGGUUUCAAGAGUUGGUUGGCAGUAGCUUCGCUUUCAAAAAACUGACCGACCUCAAGCUGGAGGGACUGUCUUGCGAUGAGAGCGAUCUUCGCAGGUUCCUGGAGCGGCAUGGACCUACCCUCAAGCGCCUGCGCCUCGGUGGUGACUGGGUUGUCAAACCCGGUGGACCGGUGGUGGGUGGCAUUCAACUUGGUCGGGGCACUUUCCGAUCGCUUUUUACCUCCCUUCAGAACCGACUCCCACACCUCGAAAGAGUGCAUCUUAGUGGACACUUUGAAUGCGGCAUGCUCGACCCCAACUCGCACGAGAAGUACAUUUUCAACCCUAUCCUUAGGGACGACGGUGAAGAUGGCUCUGACGAGGAGCGUGGCCGAACUCUGUACAAUAAUGCAGACGACGGCCUGGAGUUCGAGAGGUAUCUCUUGCGUGGUGGAGAGUACCCGGGAACCCCAGCACGCUCGCCCAGCCCGCAGAGCGCCUAA